AUGUCCCUCCGAAGCCCUGUUCCUACUGGCAAAUGCAGACAGAAAGCAGCCCUAACUGGGCUAACCAGGGAGUCUGAAGUUUCUCUUGAUGAUGGUGUUGAGGAGGAAGUUUUUGAUUCAGACUCAUGGAUGAGCAAGGUGAAAAAAAAGAUAUCUCCAUAUGUUAUGUCUUUUGGAUUCAGAUUUUUUGGUGUGGUGCUUAUUUUUUUGGAUGUUUCACUUGUGAUUCUUUCUCUGUUGAUUGAUGAAGACCAUGAUUCUGUUGAACACAUGAUUACAAACCUCUGUUUGAGCAUAGCACUAUUUUUCUUCGUAGAUGUGCUCCUGCAAGUAUUUAUUGAAGGAUUCAAAAACUACUUCAAAUCUAAAUUAAACAUUCUAGAUAGCAUCGUUGUUGUGGGUAACUUGCUGGUUGAUACUCUAUAUAUUGCCUCUGACUUGGGUGGAAUAACUGUAAUUCCAAGAACAGUUGUCAUUCUUCGAAUGUUAAGAAUUAUAAUUCUAGUAAGAAUUUUUCGAGUGGCUGCUGAGGCAGAACGAUUAGAAAAAAUGACCCGGAGGUUGGUCUCAGAAAAUAAAAGGCGUUACACAAGAGGUGGCUUUGACUUGGAUCUCACUUAUGUCACUACUCGUGUUAUAGCAAUGUCGUUUCCAUCUUCUGGGCAGCAAGCUUUCUACAGGAAUCCUAUAGGGGAAGUUGCAAAGUUCUUGGAUACAAAACAUGGAAACCACUACAAAGUCUACAAUCUUUGUAGUGAGCAAGGCUAUGACCCAGAGAUUUUCCAUUAUAGAGUGGAGCGGAUGUUUAUUGAUGACCACACUGUUCCCUCUCUAGCGGAGACGCUCACAUUCACUGCCAAUGUCAGGAAGUGGAUGGAACAGGACAGCCGCAAUGUUAUAGCAAUACACUGUAAAGGUGGGAAAGGUAGGACUGGAACUAUGAUUUGCAUCUGGCUUAUUGACACCGGCCAGUUUAAGACUGCGCAGGAAAGUUUGGAGUACUUUGGCAAACGAAGAACUGAUGAAACUACUAGCACCAAGUUUCAGGGUGUUGAAACUCCAUCACAGAGUAGGUAUGUAGAAUAUUAUGCAAUCUUGAAAUCAAAAUACAACCUGAUCCUCCCACCAGAGAAGCCUUUCAGAAUCAGAUGCAUAAAACUCUAUGCUAUCCAAGGAGUUGGUAAAGGCAAUGGGACUGAUUUCAGAAUAAAGAUAAACAUGAAGAAGGAAGUAGCAUUUCAAUGCAAUUGCGCAAUACAGAUGAACUGCAAGUUGUUCCUUGAUCAUGAAAAUGACCUGUUAGUAAUUGGUUUGAAGAACUGUCCUGUCAUCAGAAAUGAUGUGAAAGUCAGAUUUGAAGCUACUUCUGAUAUUCCAAGAGGCUAUGGUGGCUGUGCUUUUUUUUUUUGUUUCCACACAGCUUUUAUACAGGACUAUCAACUUUUCCUCCCAAGAAAUGAAAUCGAUAACUUGAACAAGUCAAAGAUGUGGAAGAUCUUCAGAGAUAAUUUUGCUCUGGAGAUAAUUUUCACUGAUCCAUGAUUGAAGCAAGCAGAAACAGACUUAACUGAGAAUUGCAUAAUAAUUCAGUAACCUGGUUUCA